AUGAGGGCCCCAAGGCCCGGCCAACCAGCAGACACCACAGAGAGGGGGAUCCAGCCUGCCCCCCAAGACGCAACAGUGCUCCCGCCCCAAAGAUGGUCAAGGGAGGCCCCAGCCACAGGCUCCAAAGCAGCCAAGCACAGGCCCCAGUGGGCCAGGGACGCCAGUCGCCAAACCCCCGGCGGGGUCCAGCCACCCAGAGGGAGGCAAGGUGCCAGUCCCCAAGCUCCACGAGCCCAAAAGCAACCCGUCCCCUGGGCAGGGGUCCCACCCAGCAUGCCGGGACCAGUGCAGCACCACCGCAAGUCCCCCCAAGGCACAGCAGCUGAAUGCAGCCCCAGCACCAACUGGAGCCCAGAGUGGCAACACCAGCCACCAGGAACCCCACUGCGGCCCAUAACCCCACCAGCAACUGCCACAUCCCCAAUGCCUGCACACACACAUCUUUCCCGGUCUCAACACAUCCUGUGGUGGGCAAGAGGACAGCCUACCCAGGCACCCCCCCGACCACAAUUCCCAUGCACACACGUCAUUCAUCAGAGGGCAGCACCCCCCCCCAGCAAGGCAGUCAGCCAUACACAAGCCAAUGGACCAACCCCCCCCUCCCCCCUCCCCCCAGGGCCCCCCACCCCGGAUGGCAUCCAGGAAACACGGGUGUGGGAAGACCCCACCACCACCCUCUCCUCCCCACCUAUCAGUGCUUUGAAGUGUGAAGUGUGUAUGCAAGCAUUUAAAAUUGAGGAGCAGAAACUGCACACCGCUGAGGGCGAUGACACAUGGGCAGCCUCACCCACCCAAAUGGCACCACCCACCAGGUGCCACGCUGCCCGUCCCCCAAAAGGGCCGCCAAGGAGGGAGAGACUCCGGGCACCCAUUGACUGCAGCCAGAAAGCUGCCACCCACCCCAAAGGCCACUCACACACUCAAUCAUCCUAUGUGGUCGAGGGGGCAUGGAUCUGGGACCAGCUGCCCCAAAGUCCCCCAAACAGGCGUGGGGACCCACCUCUCUCCAUACCUCCCCAGUCUUGCACGCCCUAG